GGCGGGGCCAUGCUGCAGGCGGCGGAGCCUUCUCGGCGCGACCAGGGCGGUAAGGGCGGCGUCUGCCGGGGGCAGCUCAAGGGCGUGCUGGUCGGACCCCAGCCCCGGCAGGAAGGCUGUAAGGGUGAACGUGGUACGGUGGCAGGUCUGGGCACCCUCGCAAAAGGCCUCAAGGCAGGCACUGGCCCUGCUGAUCCCAGGUGAGGUCCUGCCUACUUGUCCCUGAUUCCGCUGUCCUCGUCCGGCAAAGCCCGAAUCAAAGCAAGCACAGUCUGCAAGAUAGGCCUCAGCCUUCUCGGACUUCAAGAUGGCAGGAAGAGAGUUUCUUGAAGCAGAUUCUCCACAGCAAAUGCUAAUUUUGGAAAGGUUUAAGCAUAUGGAACUCAUACAGAAGACGCUCAGUGAGCUUCCAGAAGCAGACCAGAACCUCUGUAACCAUGGAUCAUACUUCCUUGCAGCAAAUUCAGGCCUGUGUGGCUUAGCAGCAAAUAACUUCUUCAGGAAAAUCCUACACGUCCGAAGAGCUUCCAUAGUAUCUGCUUUGCCAAUGGCUGUUAUUCCAUUCAUUUCAACAACAGUGGUUUAUGAAGUUUUCUUGCGUCACCCUUUAUUUUCAGGUGAGAUAAACUGUGAGGUCUGUGCUGUGGUCAGAGGAGGAUUAAUAGGGGCUGUUGUGGGUGGCUUCUAUCCUAUUCUCAUGGCUCUCCCUGUGAAUGCAAGCCUUGCAGCCAGGUAUUCUUCAUCUCCCUUGCCAGGGAAAGAAAACCUAGUACGCUUCUGGCUCACAGUUGCUCAGCCUGUGUUUAGAAAGAUGAGUUUGGGUAUCGUGGUCCAGGCUCUAACUGGAUUAUAUCUUGCCGCUAAACAUCACGGAAUAUAUUUCAAAGUACUGGAGCGGAUCAGCACUGCCGGCAGGGAUCCUGAAGAGUUACAAGCAUGAAGUUAAACAACUUUUCAGUUGCCCUGAACAACAUCAAAACAAUCACCUCAAUCUGCUGUAUGGUCUUAACUCUUAAGAUCUGUACAAUUGCUGGUCAACAAUCAUACACUUCAAAAUAAUUCUAGUGGCUCCUGUGAUGCACAUGGAAGUAUUUACUAAUGAGAAUAAAGAAUUGAGCACCAAAA